CUGCGAUUGGCUAGUUGCGUCAUCUCGAAGCGCUCAUUGGUUGUCACAGCAGUUUACUGACUGUAUGAACACUUGCUUUUGUCAGCAAUCCUGCCACAGUAGUGACAGGAGCUUUUUUUAAUAUCACUACUGUAAUCACUAUGCACUUUCGCUGAAGUAAACUUUUAUUGCACGGGACGCUAACAGUUUGAGAUGAAACUGUAACAUCCAGAGAGCUCCAGCAUCAUGGAUGGAGCUAAUUCUCCUGCUCAAUUCACGGAUGGCAAAGCAGUGUGCAUGGUGUCUGUCAAAGGCCUGAAGGACAACUGGCAGAAAUGGUCCGAUAAUCACCAGGAAUACCAGAAGCUCAACCCCUUCAGUCACGACACCAGGCCCACGGCAGCUCCUCAGAGGGGUCACGAUGACUAUGGCAGGCCCCUGCAAGGCUCAUUGACCGCACACCGUGGGGAGGAUGCUCACACACACAUCAGCCGAGAGGUUCAGGAGUUGUGUAAAGUGAUUAAAGACAUCGGGGUGCAGAGCCACAAUGCUGCGCAUGGGAGGGAUAUCUCGGUAGAAUUUGGCAAGCUGUUUGAGCAUUAUGUGACUAUCUCUAACAAACUGGUGGGGAUUCUUCUCAGAGCCCGGAAGCAGAAGCUUGUUAACUUUGAGGGGGAGAUGUUAUGGCAAGGGAAAGAUGACCAUGUUGUGAUUACUCUCUUGCAAUGACCAAAACAAGAGUCAUUUUGCAUGCCGCCGUUGUAGUUGCCUUUUAGUCACAGGAAUGAAAAUCAAAGUGUGAGACAAUUACCGGUGUGUAAUGUUAGAUCUAUACUUUUCAUGGUUGUUAAAUCAUUAAAACAAAUGGGAGUUUAUGGCUAAUGUUGUAAGUACAUCAAUGUAGGUUUUAAGUCUUUAAACUAAUACAUUAAAAGAUAAUACAACUCAUGGUUUAUAACAGGCCAGAGUCACUCCUUCGCCAGUAGCAUUGUUUCAUGUAUGAAACACAGUGCCAGACUACGGUUCACAUUUUUGCUGUUUAAAAGUGUUACAAAAAUGAAGUAAAAAUAACAUGGUGCUACAAUGUACAUUUUUAAUGAAUAUUUUACAAACUGCUGUUGUUAAAAGUAAAGCAGCAUGUAAUGUUUUUUUUUUUUCA